AUGUCCCCUACCUCUUCCCUGAAGCUCGUCGCCUUCACUUGCCUUCUAGCAAUGGCCUCUGGAGCCCACCAUCACCACGAGAAGGAGAAGCUCUCCACCGACUCUACCAUCGCUAAGAAGCUCGACUUCGCCACUAAGAUGCUCGCCAUCGCAGAUGACUCCUCCUCCGAGGAAUCCGAUGCCACUGCUCCAAUCGUGCUCAACAUCUUCGCCGACGGAAAGAAGGCUCACCGCGCCAACCGCCGUGAGUGCAAGGUCCAACUUGCUCUCUUCACUGUCUCCUUUUGCGGAGGAUACUGCGAUUCUGAAUCCGCCGUCGACUUGGUGGCUCAAUGUUGCCCAACUCACUGCUCCGCCGAGCAAGUCGUCAAGACUUGCUGCCCGAGCAACAAGGCUCAAUGA